AGCAGAAACCAAUCCAUUCAUUCUACGCGACGGGAGUCGCUAUGCCCAGCUAGAUAUACCACUACCGACAGGCACUAGAGUCUCAUUGAGCUAUAUAUUGCCUGUUACUAGAAGGUAGAAGUAACAAAUUUGCUGCGCAGAUCAGGCAGCGUGUCUGGGGCGCUAGAACUGCCUGAAUUUCAGCACACCUCAGGUUAGCAACACCCCGGUCUGGUGGCUAUUUGCUAUUCGCCCACUCAUCGCCAUCUGCCACCGCCACCACCACCAUCCGCCAUGGCCAACUCGGCCGCCCAGGACGACGAUGCAAAGACCGACUACUACCCCAUAACCAUUGCUCGCAGCGAUGGCAAGGGAUAUCCCAACCUGGACCACAGCCCUCUGAACCACAAGGAAGACCAAGACAUUCAGCAGCUCGAGCGAUGGGAGGUCAUCAUCGCCGGCCAUCUCCAGAACCAGCUAGGCCUGAAAGACGACAAGAGACAAUUCAAGCUCUCGUCUUUCCCCAAAGGCUACGAGUUGCGAUGUGCCAUUCGAAAGGAUGGCGGCCGGGACUAUUACCUUUACGGCCACCCGGCAGGCCCAAAGUCUAACUAUCGCACUCCCGGCGACUUUGUAUUGCACCUCCUCUGGCUCGUUAGCGCUUCGACCGACUACAGCCAGUGCUCGUGCGACCUCUGCACUAGGAUGGUUGAGGCCAACAAGCAAAGACAGCCCCAGGUCCCCGGCUUCGAGCCCGCGCCCCCGAGCACAGCUUCCCCGGCACCCAGGGCAAGUCCUGCUCAGCCUCUUGCACAACCUACAGCCCAACAACCAGCCCAGCCUCCAGCCCGGCCUCUUGCACAACCUACAGCCCAACAACCAGCCCAGCCUCUGGCCCAGCCUCUGGCCCAGCCGCCGAUACAACCGCUGGUCCAGCCCGCGGCCAAACCAUCGGUCCAAAUGCCGGUUCAAUCUCCGGCCCAGCCAUCAGUCCAGACUCCGGUCUUGCCCCCGGCCCCACCACAGUCCCAACCCAGAUCCAAACCUCCGGCACAGCCAGCAGCACAACCACAACUUCAACAGCCAGUCCAAGCUCAGCAAAAGUUCUCUCCGCUAGUUGCUCCACUAGGCACCACAAGCCCCUUGAAUGUGUUCCGCGUCGGGGAGCUGGUCUGGUAUAAACACCAAGCCUGGCGCCUGGGCAUGGUUAUGGCCAUAACUCUCAAGCCCGGACAAACUGGCGUUAACGAUGCCCAUUACACCUUUACCCUUGCCCCCCUCGGACACCUCAUACUCCGGCAGCCGACGGUUGUCAAAGAGGCCAUAGAGAUGCGCCCGUUCCUCACCUUUAGUGUGCCCAACAUCGGCACCGCCGAGCUGAACGACAAGCUCUUCGAAGAGGUUAACUGGAUGGAGGUUGCUCAACGGCACGCCAACGAGGGCACCGACGACCACAGCCGAGACGUUAAUAUGCAGGUGCUAGGCCUCGAGGCGUCCAAGAUGGCUGCUAGAUCGGUCAAUGACUGCUUUUCCACCUUCAAUAAGCUUAACGAGGCACCCAUUGGCGGGGGCAGCAUGGACUCAUCCCACUCGUACGCUGGCGUCUACUUUGGUGCCGAGAUGAUCCGUGUCUACGACGCCAUCCGCGUAACUGCCCCGGCCGCCGACGCCUCCCCGGCCGCCGACGCCUCACCGACCGCCGACGGCGUAGCUGGCGCGGCGGUCAUCAUGCGGAUUGCCCAGAUACAGAUCGUGGACCCCGGCUCUGGCCAGGACCAAUCUCUUCAGUUCAGGGGCAACCUCUACCGCACAAUCCGCACCGCCCUGCCCUUCCCCCCCUCGGUGGUUGCAGCCGAGGGUCUUGGCCCUGCUUUUGCCGAGGAGGUUGCAGUACGGAACCAGAUCGAGAAGGAUAAGAGCAUGCGCUGGGGCUGGAUGCUUGUCGAGUCGGACGCGGUGCGCCGCGAGGCGGUCGUCCACGGCCGUUUCUACGUCAUUCAUCGGCUUAUGAGCAUCAUUGACCGCGAGCGUUUCCAGAAGUCACUAGCGACGGGUACCGUUGACGAGGGGCAGUCCUCCUUGAACAGCCGGUCGCACGGCGGUUGGAGCCGCUAUGUCGGCCGAAAGCCGAGCCGCGCCGCCACGAUAGGAUCGGCCAUUUCGGCCCAGUUUGUCCCCCCAGACGGUAUGAUCGAGAACUGAGCCAGGAUUACGCCCCGCCGCUGUCCUUGUAUCUAUCUUCUAUUACCACUGCACUUGUUAUUUGGGUCAUGCCGAGCUUCCAGCUCGGGAAGAAUUCUAAAGGGGAUCUGAAAAGCGACGGCAUGUCUACGCCAACGGAACGCAAUUUCCGCGGCGAUAGCGAAACAACAACGGAUACGGAAUAUGGCUAGACCUGACAGUUAGUACUCGGCCCGGUACCUUUAGAU